AUGGAUACAAUAAUUAAUGCUGUAAUUGCAGAGAAAGGUCGUUUUUCUAUUCCUAUGAUUCGACAAAAAGUAGAGGUUGGACAUAUAAUGAAGAGGUGUGAAGAACGUUAUAAAAGGAACAAUGAAGAACUCAAGAAUGGCAAGAUUAAAAUACGUCCUCUGCAGUCCAUUGAUAAUGAGCUUGCAACCGCAUUAGCUGUGGAGCAUCUUGUUGACACGUCCUUCCUAAUUUCAAAUGAAGAAUUGUCCUGUUAUGCCCCUCGAUUUGAUGCAAAAGUGCUAGCUUCUUGCAGAGACAACGUCUAG